AUGGCAAAAGCAUUUAGUGCUCCAGGAAAAGCUCUUUUGGCUGGUGGAUAUUUAGUACUCGACUCCGCUUAUGACGCAUACGUGACAGCUUUGUCUUCGCGAAUGCAUGCUGUCAUUGAGCCAGAUAAAGAUACCUCCCAUGAUUAUUCAACUUUGCGAGUGCUCUCACCUCAAUUCAAAGAUGGAGAAUGGCAGUACGAAUUCCAAAAUGAUCAAGUUAAAGAGAUCAAUGCAAAGGUGAACCCAUUCUUAGAGGCAACAAUAAAGACUGUGUUGUCCUAUGCUCAUCCUCAGGCCCAAUUCAAUUUGAAAGUGACAAUCUUUUCAGAUCCAGGAUAUCAUUCGCAGAGCAGUGCGGCAAAAAGAGCAUCGUCAAAUGGCCGAAAAACAUUCUUGUAUCACGAGUUGCCUAUCAACGAUGUCCCCAAGACCGGGUUGGGAUCCUCCGCAGGAUUAGUUUCCGUGGUGACAGCCGCAUUGAUGUCGUAUUUUGAACCCGGUAGUGAGACGUCCGUGGACCGUUUACACAACUUGGCCCAAAUUGGACACUGCUUGGCUCAGAAAAAGAUUGGAUCUGGGUUUGACGUGGCAGCUGCGAUUUAUGGAUCGAUAAAAUACCGUCGGUUUCAACCUAGUGUAGUAAAUGACGUGCUCGCGGUAUUGGAAAAUGAUCCCAGUCGUUUUCCACAAGCAGUGGGGGCUGUCGUGGAUGCAGAUUGGGAUUUCAAACAUGAAAAAUGUUCAUUGCCGUCAGAGUUGCAAUUGCUCAUGGGAGACAUCGAAGGUGGAUCUGAAACACCAAAGAUGGUUUCGAAAGUAUUGCAGUGGAGGAAGGAAAACCCCGACGAGAGUGGCCAAGUUUACAGGCAAUUAAAUGACGCUAACAACAAAUUUAUGGAUGCUUUGGAAAAAUUGAAUCAGACUCAUAGUGAAGAUGCAAUGCUCAACUUAUCUGAAUCCCUUCAAGAGAUAAGACGCGGUCUAAAACUUAUGACAGAUAAGGCGCAGGUGCCAAUUGAGCCACCAAUACAAACAGAAUUAUUAGAUAACGUCGGCAAAUUAGACGGUUGUUUAGGUGGCCUUGUUCCUGGUGCUGGUGGAUUUGAUGCUAUAGCUGUCCUUGCAAUUUCCUCGAAAGUUGAUGAUGUCAAGCAAGCUACUGCGCGGGAACAGGAAAAGUACAAUAACGUUCAUUGGGUCGAUUUGCAUGAGGAAGCUGAUGGGUUGAAAGUUGAAAAUAUAAAGGAUUACGCAGGGCUUGUAUAA